UCAUCAUGGGGGGCUACGAAGUCUUCCAGGGAGCAGAAGACCACAAGGGAUGGAGUUGGGCCAACAGAGGCCGCCGAGUAGAAAUCUCCGGCGUUCGGUGGUUGUGAUGAGGGUGACCACCGACGAGAGGGUGGUGGCGGCGGCGGCACCGAGGGACAAGACUGUGUACAAGGACAACUGGUUCGAGCGUCUCGCCAUCCACCACCUUUCAAGCGCCAUUGAAGCCACCACAGGCAUGACAAACAAGAAGGAAGGAUAUGAGAGCUUAGUUGCGGCAGCAAUCAUGAUUUCUAAGAAAUUUGAUACCAAAGCACAGCAGGGCUUGGUGAUCAGAUCUCUCCAGGAGGCCUUUCCAUCAGCCAUUCUAACAAUGAUAAAGAUUUUACUUCCACCUUCAACAUUUUCAAGAGAGUACUUUGCAGCUUUCACUACCAUGUUCUUCCCUUGGCUGAUUGGCCGCUGCGAGGUCAGGAAAUCUGAAAUCAAGGGGAAAUCAGAGAAAAAUGUGGUUUACAUCCCCAAAUGCAGGUUUCUUGAGAGCACCAACUGUGUUGGGAUGUGCACAAACUUAUGCAAGAUUCCAAGUCAGAAGUUCAUCCAGGAUUCACUUGGCAUGCCUAUCUAUAUGGUUCCAAAUUUUGAAGACAUGAGCUGUGAGAUGAUCUUUGGUCAGCAACCACCUCUUGAUGAUCCUGCACUAAAGCAACCAUGCUACCACAAAUCCUGUAAUGACAUCAACCCAAGCAUGUAG